AUGCGUUGGUUACUUUUGAUAUACGUUUGCCUUAGUUUCUUGACUUAUGUAGUUACAAGUCCAGUUACUUAUGAAAAUGUUCGAGGUACACCUUACACUGUUUCAUAUGAUCCUCGAGCUAUUACAAUUAAUGGUGUUCGAACAAUGCUUAUAGCUGGUGCUAUUCAUUAUCCACGUUCAACACCAGGUAUGUGGCCUUAUAUUAUGAAAAUGGCAAAAAAUCAAGGUCUUAAUACAGUUCAAACAUAUAUAUUUUGGAAUAUACAUGAACAAAAACCAGGUGUAUAUGAUUUUAGUGGUCGUGCUAAUUUAAGUCAAUUUCUUCAAGAUGCUGCUGAUGCUGGUUUAUUUGUUAAUUUACGUAUUGGUCCAUAUGUAUGUGCUGAAUGGAAUUAUGGUGGAUUACCUGCUUGGCUUAAUCAAAUACCUAAUAUAUCAUUUCGUUCAAAUAAUGAUGCAUGGAAAACGGCAAUGCGUACAUUUUUAAUGAAGAUUAUUGAAUAUGUUAAUCCAUAUCUUGCUAAAAAUGGUGGUCCUAUUAUUCUUGCUCAAAUUGAAAAUGAAUAUAAUGGUAAUGAUCAAGCCUAUGUUGAUUGGUGUGGUAGUUUAGUAACAAAUGAACUUUCAUCAACACAAAUUCCAUGGAUUAUGUGUAAUGGUCAUGCAGCUAAUUCAACAAUUGAAACAUGUAAUUCAUGUAAUUGUUUAGAUGAUGGUUGGAUUGAUCAUCAUCUACAUGAUUAUCCAGAUAAACCAAUGUUAUUUACUGAAAAUGAAGGUUGGUUUCAACCAUGGGGUGAAGCUGUUGCUAUUCGUACAACAGCUGAUGUUGCUUAUUCUGUUGCUGAAUGGUUUGCUGGUGGCGGUUCUUAUCAUUCAUAUUAUAUGUGGCAUGGAGGAAAUAAUUAUGGACGAACAGCUGCAUCAGGUAUAACAACAAUGUAUGCUGAUGAUGUACUUCUUCAUGCUGAUGGUACACCAAAUGAACCAAAAUAUACUCAAUUAAGUCGUCUUCAACAUUUAAUUGCUAAUUAUGCUCAAAUUUUAUUAAGUCAAAGUUCUACUCGUACACCAUUACCAUAUUGGGAUGGAAAAAAAUGGUCAACAGGUACUCAACAAUUUGUUUAUUCAUAUCCACCAUUACUUCAUUUUAUUAGUAAUCAAAAUGAUAAUACAUUCGGUGUACUUUUUCGUAAUAAUAAUAUUUCUAUGACUGGUCAUUCUGUACGUAUAUUUGAUGAUAAUUUACAUUUAUUAUGGGAUAGUGCUAAUGUAAGUGAUAUUCGAAGUAGUAAUACAGAAAUUUUUCCUAUUGUCAUUGGUCCACUUGAAUGGCAAACAUGGUCAGAACCAGUUACAACAAAUUUACCUGUUUUUACUUCAAUAAAUCCGAUAGAACAACUUAAAAUAACAAAUGAUGAAACAAUUUAUUUAUGGUAUCGUCGUAAUGUAACAUUAACACAAACACAAGCACAUACAUUAGUUCGAGUUGAAACACGUAAAGCAAAUGCAUUAUUAUUCUUUUUAAAUGGAGAAUAUUUAGGUGAAUUUGAUAAUCAUGAUCAUAGUCAAGGUUCAUUAACAGCAACAAUAUCAUUAGAUCUUUCAACAUUUAAACCAAAUCAACAAUAUUUAUUUGAAAUUCUUUCUAUUUCACUUGGUAUUGAUAAUGGUGUAUGGGAAAAUAAUUUUGAAUAUAAAGGUAUUGUUGGAAAUGUAUGGCUUAAUGAUCAAUUAUUAGUCAAUGAUGAAGAAAAUCUUUGGGAACAUCAAAAAGGUUUAAUUGGAGAAUAUUUUCAAAUUUAUACGGAACAAGGCUCGUCGAAAGUUGAUUGGAAUACACAAUGGACGAAAGGUAUAAAUAAACCAAUAACAUGGUUUCAAGCAAAAUUUAAUCUUGAUCAUAUUGUACGAGAAGAUCUAAAUGCUAAUCCAAUUCUACUUGAUGCUAAAGGUCUUAAUCGUGGUCAUGCAUUUAUUAAUGGAAAUGAUCUUGGUCUUUAUUGGUUAUUAGAAGGUGUUUGUCGCGAUUCAACACCAUGUUGUUGUCAACAAGCACAAAUUAAUUGUUUAGAACCAACUCAACGUUAUUAUCAUAUUCCAUCGGAUUGGCUUAUGCCGACAAAUAAUUUACUUACAAUAUUUGAUGAUUUAGGUGCACCAUCACCUGGUUCCGUUGGUAUAGCACAACGUGUUGUUUUAGCUUAG